CUUUCUUUCUCUCGCUCACUCGUCCCCCCUUUUCCAAUCUUUUUACUCCUUUUUUUCUCUCUUUUUUCUUUCUUCUUUUUCUGAAUCAAUUCCUUUCAUUUAUAAAUAAAGCAUAAUGGGACUCGGUUUAGAGAAAUGUUGCUGCUUCAUUCCUUUGAGACUAGGCACUCUCUUUAUUGCCAUUUGGUUUUUUGUUGUUUAUUUAUUUUAUAGUGCAACUGGUUUUGUAGGCGUGAAUGCUGUUGUAUAUUACUCUGGUCAAUCAGCUAAACCUUGGUAUUACAUGAAUUUACUAUUCUCAGUUUUUAUCUGUGUUGGUGGUUUAUCUGGUAUCAUUGGAUCUGUAUUUGCAUCAAGACGAUUUUCAAAAGCAUUCAGUAUUAUCGUGUGGAUCAACUGUAUAUUGUCCUUUAUUAUUUAUCUUAUAUCACUCAUUCUCAUGGCUACCAACAGACAAAACAUGGUUGAUUCAUGUCGUGUCAUGGGAUUUGUUGGUGUCGACAACGCACAACAAACAAUCGCACCUGUUCAUUUGAGCAAUAGUCCAUAUUAUUCACCCGUAAAGUACCCAGGACUGUUGACUGCAAAUGCUGGAAAUGAAAGUCAAUGCUCCUCUUUGCUACAAACAUUUAUCAUCCUAUUUGGUGUUUUGAUAUUUGUUGUAGAGAUAGUUCAGGUAUAGUAAAUGCCAUGUAUUUAUAUGCCUCUUUUUAAAAUGACAUUCUAUUAGAUAUACUUUGCUUAUGUUGUUGGAGCUUAUGCAAAGAGACUAAAGAACGGUGCUCGUCAUCAUAGGUUGCAUGCACAGCAGAUUAAAGAUUUUGAAGAAUCAAGAUAUCAUAUGUCAACAGUGUAUUAAAACUUCCCCCCUUUUCUCCCAGAAAAUGAUGAAACAUGUACAUAUUUAUAUCCCUUUUUCUUUAUUUCUUAUUCUUCUUCAUAAAUAAUAUCAAUAAACAACUCAGUGACAUAAAUCCAAUUGUCAAAGCAAAAUGAAAAAAAGAUCCACCUAUUAGGCUUAUAUUAUUGAAAAUUGCAGUAAUGCUAUUUCCAAAAAAAGCAAGUCAAGAAAUUCCGCCAAGAGAGAAUCACACAGAGAAAGUGAGGGGGAACAGUCUUUUCACUUUC